CUUUAGACAAAACAGCCUCGAAAAGAGACUUCAUCGGCGAUCCAGUACUUUGCGACUCUAUUGUACUCUAUAAUUAUUCUUUGCUUUGCUCUGGUCUUCGCUUUGCCUGCAAGAAAUAAACAUCACGGUAUUGGUACUCACAGUCACAGCUUAUUGCAUAUUAUAAGUCAAGCAACACAGUUAUGAAAUUGGAAAGAGGUAUCAUACUCAACAAACUCAGUCGCACGAUGCGAACUUUUCAAUUUUUGGAAUUGAAGGAACUGAGCAGUGCCCUUUGUCCUGAGCUACUCUCUGUCUCCGACAUAUUGAAUAAACUGAAAAAAGCAAAGCAAAAACUGUCUGCAAAAGCAUUUAGAGAAAUGGCCUUAUUGAAUUUUAAGGAAUUGGCAAAUGAAGAACUUCUACGGCUCAGCCAUUGCUUGCAAUUAUUCGAUAAAGCUUACCAUGGCGGAAAGACAAACUGGGCUUGCAUCGAGCUUCUAGAAAGAAUCAAUAACCGAUUUAAUUCAAGAUCAACUAUUGAUGAAGUAUCUGAAGCAAUUCUGCAGAAUAUUCGUAUCAACAGAGAAAAUGCCUUUAUAGAAGUCAUACAGCACACAAACGGAAUUUUUUACAUUUUGAUUCAGGAGAAGAAAAUAAUCCAAGGAAAAGGUGUAUCUCUUAGAAGUCCAGUUUACUGUGCAUGUGACCUGGAUGAGCCGUAUUUAUUUGUGUCACCCAAAGGGGCUGUACAUAAUCAUAUUUUACUGAGAGUUGCACCAAGUUUAGGGUAUGGUGACUCUCAAGUAUGUCAGUUGGAAGGCAAGAACAUCCUAUCUUUAACUCAAAUUCUGAAAAGGCGUUUCAAUCAUCAUACUGUAGAAGAGUUUAAUCCUGUGGAUAUUAUUCGAACGUCAGAUGGGCUUAACUAUUGCCUAGAUGAGGAAAGAAAAAAAUUUGCAGCAAAGGUGUUUGGAGGAGAGGAACCAGUUGAACUACAAACCUUAUCUGUUACGGCAUCAGUUCCUUUUCGUGGAUUAAGAGUGGUUCCAGAUGCAGAAGGAAAUAUGUUUAAAUCAUCUUUAAAAAUCUCUGCUCCUAACAUUGCUGAGUUUGUCAAGGAUUUAGCUAAGCAGAGGGUUGUCCACAUGCCUCUACCCCCAUGGCUUAGUAAAGCUUCACACUUGGGCAAAAAUAAUUUUGUUAUUUCCGAAAAAAUUAAGUAAUUUGGCAAGUAAAUUUUUUCUUCCUCUCAA